AUGGCCAUCUGCGGGAGCGGCCGCUUGGUUUUCCUCCCGGCCAGAAACUCUAAUUCACAUCCCCAAACACAAGGAAAGUACCAUGCAAAGCAGAAACCCAACCCCUUCAACAACAAAAACCAGUCGACAGUAUCCAACUUGGCAGCUUUUCAACCCGCCCGAAUGCCAAAAACGAAAAGAAACGAAAAUGACUUGUCAACAAAUGAGCGAAAGAAAAGUACCGAAAACUGCCAACCCAGACACCUCCGUUCGAUCUCACGAGGGAGAGAGGAGCGCUUCAUGCAAGCCAUCCACAAAAUGACCAAAGAACUCUGUCAGCUCUCCCCGUUGCACACAAUCCGAAAACCACACCAAAUCUCCAAAAAACGGGUAUCUUAUUCCUAG